AUGUAUUGUCAUCAGUUACUUCUUAUAGUAAGCAUUGCGGUUUUUAGUAAUGAUUACAGUCUACUUGUUGCUGCUGAUCCAGCCAUACCAAUUUGGCCAGUUGCCUUUCAAGAAACGUUUACUGAAACAAGUACUUUACCGAUAGUUGGAACAGGAACAAAUAUUCAAGGAACCUAUUAUUAUGAUUUUGAUCAGAAAGCCGUUCGUAUUGAUCGUUCAACAGGCAAAUAUGAUCGUUACUGCAGCUCAGUCAAACUCUUACAAGAUGUUCCAUGCACCCAUCUUGUUGUGAAUGGUCUUCGUUAUCUUGUAUUUCCAUCAUUAAAGUCAUGUUGUAUGUGUUGUACAUCAGAAAGUGGUUGCGGUGUUCUAAGUCCUAAUUGGUUAUCUAAUGCUACGUUUGUUGGAUAUAAUACGACAAGUACAGAGAAAUAUCAAGUUUGGAAUAAGAAAGGCCUUCAAAAUAAUUUUUAUUGGCAAGUUGAUUCUACUCAAGUGCCCUAUAUAAUUGAUCAAGAACCAAAUGAUUUAAUGGUGUAUGAUGUGACAAGUUUCAAAAAAGGUGCUAUUGAUCCAAGUGUAUUCGCUUUACCUUCAUAUUGUUCAAAAGAUCAAAAAUGUCCUUUCUUGUCUGUUUGCACCGUAGCUCGUUAA